CGCCUUGCUCUCAGGCUUCGUUGCGGAUCUGGCGGUGGGAAAAGCAGGAUAGAUAAUCUCAGCGAGACCCCUCUUCCUCUCUCGGUUCUCCAAAAUCAAGUACUUGUUUACUUUCACCCCCCUUUUUUCUUCCUUCUUCCUUCGUUGCUCAGGCAUUGGAAUAUUCGAGACAUUCGGAACAUACACAGCAGAGACACCCGACCAGCGCCCUUUGUCGACUUUGCCGUGAAUCGCUGCUGCUGCCUUCUUUGCUUCUUCUGCUCUUUAUCCACCCUCCCGCUCUUCCGAUCCUCUGGCACCGCGGCUUUCUUCUCCCUGUACCUGCGCACCCGCAUUAUCAGCAGGCCAUUUCCGUUCCGUGGAUUAGAAGCAAGAAAGGAGCAAAAACCGUCGCGUCCGCCCAUACACAUCCCCGCUGCACAUCAUCGCUGGAUAGACUUCCGUCGCCUCGCUACGCCUGUCCUUGCCUGUACUGCACUGCUGGGAGAGCACAGCCAACUGCAGCACGAAAACAGGCCGUCGAUCGAUAACGUAACCCCAAGACUCGGCCAGAGCCGACCGACCCCAGUCACAGUCACGCGCUAGGGAUUUGCAAGCAAGCAAGCAAGCGAUCAAUCCAUCCAUCCAUCCAUCCAGCAGGCAAGCAUCAGAGUGCAGCGAAGCGCGUCCUCGUCGUCAUAACCCAGCGCGUCAGCCAUUAACCGUUCCGUCCACGGUCCUCCACCGUCACUACCAACAAGCGAGCGGAGCGCCAGGUAGCCAUCCCGGACCAAGAAUUCGCACAAUCCCAUCCUCGUCUGCACAAUUCGCCAUCAUCUCUGAUUACCUAUCUACGGGAUAGAUGCAGUUCAGCCGGCGCAGCCAGCCCCCGGCCGCCUCGCAGCAGCCUCAGGCGCGCAAACGUAGCAAAAUGCCCGUGAUUGAGCAAUUCAAAAACUUCCUCAGACAUGGAAAGCAAGCCCGGGGCGAUGCCCCUCAUGGCGAUCCCACCACCAACGUUAGCAAUGUCCACGCCCAACCCCACCCGCAGCCGCAACACAUCGGUCACAGCGAGCCCGUGGUCGGCCACCAACCCAUACAAGGCGCCGGCAGGCAAGACAAGAACUUCUCCGUAGCCGCCGUUGACAACCGCAAUGUUGCAGCACAGGCCGGCGAUGUGGCCGCAAGGCAUGCCGCCGAUAACCAGAAGGCUCAGGCUCACGCCGCCGCCGGUACCAAAGAGCGCAAAGAUAUCGACCCCUCCGUGCUAGAGCGAAUCGUCGCAGAGGAGCGUGAAGCCAAGGGCAAGCUACCCAAAUAUCCCGGCCUCGAGCGCUGGUCGUUGUUGGAGAAGAUGGGUGACGGUGCUUUCAGCAACGUCUACAAGGCACGAGACACCCAGGGCCAAUACGGCGAAGUCGCCAUCAAGGUGGUGCGCAAGUUCGAAAUGAACUCUAGUCAGGGCCAAGCACACAUGCAUCCCGAUUUCAAAAAGGCUCCAAAGGGAGUGGAGAGAGCAAACAUCCUCAAGGAAGUACAAAUCAUGCGCCAGCUUGACCACCCAAACAUCGUCAAACUCGUCGAUUUCUCCGAAUCACGGCAGUACUACUACAUCAUCCUCGAACUGUGCCCCGGCGGCGAGCUUUUCCACCAGAUUGUCCGUCUCACCUACUUCAGCGAGGACCUUUCAAGACACACCAUCAUCCAAGUCGCCAAAGCAUUACAAUACCUGCACGAGGAGGCGGGUGUUGUUCACCGUGACAUCAAGCCAGAGAACCUCUUGUUCUACCCUAUUCCCUUCGUACCUACCCGUAACCCGAAGCCUAGGGGACCGGAGGAUGAAGACAAGGAAGAUGAGGGUGAGUUCAUCAAGGGCCAAGGUGCCGGUGGCAUCGGCCUCAUUAAGAUUGCGGAUUUCGGUCUGUCAAAGGUCAUUUGGGACAGCCAAACCAUGACGCCAUGUGGUACUGUAGGAUACACGGCCCCUGAGAUUGUCAAGGAUGAGCGUUACUCCAAGAGUGUCGACAUGUGGGCGCUCGGUUGUGUGCUCUACACAUUGCUCUGCGGUUUCCCGCCCUUCUACGACGAGUCCAUCCAAACCCUUACCGAAAAGGUUGCCCGUGGACAGUACACUUUCCUGUCGCCGUGGUGGGAUGACAUCUCCAAACCGGCCCAAGACUUGGUCUCGCACCUCUUGACCGUCGACCCCGAGAAGCGAUAUGAUAUCAACCAGUUCCUCAACCACCCCUGGAUACGCGAAGCCGACGAACUCACAUAUGCUGCUCACGAUGCACCACCUCUUGCCACGCCUGCCGCUGCCCGAUCUGCUGGUACUCUUCAGCCCAACUUUGCUUACCUCGAAUCCCCGGGGGCCAAGCGCAACGAUUUCCGAUCUCCUGGCGCUGUCAACCUUCGUGAAAACUUCGAUGUAGUCUACGCUGUUCACCGACAAGAAGAGGAAGGUAAGAGGCGGAAGAACUUUAAGCAAGGAUACCGUGGCGCCAACGCCAUGAACUCUUUGAACGCAUUGGAUGAGAACGAGGAUGACGAUGAAUUCUCGAAUGAGUCGGCGCCAUACGAAGCAUCUCAACAGCACCCCCCAGCCAAGCUGCCCAAGUCGCAAGGCGCGGACGUGUCGGCGAUGGAGCAGAAGCUGCGUAACACGACACUUUCAGCUGCCGCGCAGGCACGGCAGCAAGGUGCCAGUUCACAGCAACGCGGUUACGGUCAGCACUCGCCUGCUGUUGCCGCAGCUGCCAAGAAGCAAGUCCGUAACAAGGGUGCUUUCGAACUGAGCAUGGAUAACUCCACAUUGCUUGGCCGAAGAAAGAAGGUUGAACCCAGUGGCCUCCGCGAGCACAUCUCGGCCACAUGA